AAAACAAUAAUCUAUGUAGAAAAGGAAGAAAAUGAGAACUGAAGUUGGAAAAAAAGAAGAAGAAGAAGAAAAACAAAUUGAAUGUAAUUAUAAAACAUAGGCACUUUCUCCUUUUGCAUUGGUCCCUCUCUGGACUCACGGUUACAGACGCUGAGAAGGCCAUUGAAAAGUUGACAGCUUCUCCACUCCACUUUCUCGCCACUUUCACCUGAGUCCCCACGUCACCGUCUUUCUCUCCAACUCCAUAAAGCCCAAACCUUUUUCACUCUCUCUCUCUCUCUCAAGCUUGAGCCUUUUGAUUCUCUUCAUGGGAAAUCUCUGUUCUUUGUUUGCUCCGCCGAAGCCCGUGAAGAAAAGACGACCCAUCACAAAAAGACAAUCAUCCGCAGCCGGGUCGGGUACGGGUCCUAAUAGCAACCGUUGGAACCGGGUCAGAUCGUCUUCUUCCUCUGGGAGGGACAACAAGUUCGAAGAUGCCGUGAUUCAGGAACACGCUCUUGCCGCUGCUGCCAUUCUGUUCAGACAGCAGAACGGCGGAUCGCUUCCGUUUGAUCGGUCCGCGUCGCAACGUUAUCCGGUUUCUGGUUCGAAGAAGAAUCAGUUGCCUCGGAGCUCAAGCUCGAGGUCAAGGUCCUCUACGGAUCCUCUGUUACAGCCUCAUCAGUUCCUUAACCAGGGUAUAAAGCUAGAUGACUUGGAAACAAAACAUUUUGUCCUCAUCCAUGGAGGAGGUUUCGGCGCUUGGUGUUGGUACAAAACCAUUGCGCUUCUCGAAGAAGAUGGUUUCAAAGUUACAGCCAUAGACUUAGCUGGUUGCGGUAUUAACUCGUUGAAUAUUAAUGGCAUCGCCAGUUUGUCUCAAUAUGUGAAGCCACUUACUGAUACUCUUGAAAAGCUUCCCAUAGGAGAGAAGGUGAUCUUGGUCGGUCACGAUUUCGGUGGAGCAUGUACAUCUUAUGCUAUGGAACUAUUUCCUUCAAAGAUCUCAAAAGCGGUUUUCCUCGCUGCAGCGAUGCUGACAAAUGGUCAAAGUACACUAGAUAUGUUCUCGCUGCAGGCAGGUCAGAACGAUUUGAUGAGAAAAGCUCAGAUUUUUAUAUACACAAAUGGUAAUGACCAACCUCCAACCGCCAUUGACUUAGACAAAUCUCUUCUUAGAGACCUUUUGUUUAAUCAAAGCCCUUCAAAGGACAUUGCAUUGGCUUCUGUAUCAAUGAGGUCAAUCCCAUUUGCACCGGUUCUUGAGAAACUCUCUCUCUCAGAUGCUAACUACGGAUCAGUUAGACGAUACUACAUAGAGACGCUUGAAGACAACGCCAUACCCGUGACUCUUCAAGAAAACAUGAUCAAUAGUAAUCCACCGGAAAAAGUUUACCGGUUAAAGGGUGCUGACCAUGCUCCUUUCUUCUCCAAGCCACAAGCUUUGCAUAAACAUCUGCUUGAGAUCGCCAGGAAUUAGCCUUUACUUUUAACCCCAGACUCACAUGUGUCUUCAUCAUCGUAUUCACUAACUGGUGUUUCAAAGUGGCUCAGCGGAUUUCGCUUCCUUUGUAUUGCUAGUUUAAUUUUGUGAUUUUGUUUCUAUUUCUUUGUUGUCUUUUCAAAGGUUAUAUCUGUAUUUCUUUCUUAUUGUUGUUCUGUUUUCACCAGAAAUAAAAAUGUGCCUGUAAAUGGGACAUAGGCUGCAAAUCUGUUUUAUUUUAGGCAGCUCAUCU